AUGUUUUAUUCCAAAGAUAUAUUGACACGUAAAGCUGGAGGCUUUGGAAUUAUAUGGUUGGCGGCUACUUUGGGAUCACGAUCAAAUCUACGAAAAUUAUCAAAGAGAGAAGUCAAUUCUGUAAAUCUUGUUAAAGCAUGUGAUUAUAUCGUUUCCCCUCCGGAACCACUUGCAUUACGGUUAACUUCGAAUCUUAUGAUUGGAAUCACGCGAGUUUACUUUCAACAAUACACAUUCUAUUAUACCGAUGUGAACAAUGUUUGGAUUCGUCUAAGAAAAGAAUUGUCUGCAAUAGAGAGUGAGCUUAUGAAUAUGCCAGAUCCGGAAGCAAAAUACGAAGCGAUUACGAUUGAAGAUGAUCCAGAAUUCUUGAUUGAAAUGUCUGUGCCAGCCUUAAGAGAUAUUGGUCUAGUACCUGAUCUUAAUAAUAGAGUCGAGUUCUCAGAAAAUUCUGUUGUUAUUCCUUCGAUUUCAAACAAUAACUCGAAACUUUCUCGAAUUACACUGCCAGAGGACGACUUUUCAGACUUCGUUCCCAUAUUGGAAAAUUUUACCGGUAGCUGUAGUCUUAGCGAUUUAGGCGAUGAUGAAUUGCUAAAGGAUGAUUCUGGAAUAAGACUUCAUUUCGAAGCGGAUGGAACUCUCCGAGAAAUUAUUCCCGAUCACCAAAAUAUUCCUGAAUUGGAUAAUAACGACAUUAACGACCAAUUCGGUGCUCAAAUUUACGAGGAAAUGAUAAGAGAAGUCAGAGAAGACCAUUAUGGAGGUGAAGAACUCAUAGAAAGAAAGAGACGUAGACUCAAUAACCAACCUGGUCCUGAGAAUGAAGAGUUAUUGAGACUGGAAGAUAACAACGCGGAAAUGAAUAUUGAUACAGAACCUUCGUUGAUUGACGAAACAACGGAAUUAACGAAUCAAGAAAUUCUGUCUAUGCGAGACAAUUGCACACGAGAUCUUAUUAAAGCCCAGGAAUUGGCAAGAAGAAAGGAAUUUUCACAAGAAUUCAAAGAACAAGCAAAAGCAGCCUUAUACACGCCUUUUUGGAAACCGGUAGUUAAAACGCCGGAAUUACAAUUGUUCUGGGACAAGCAUUGCGCACCUCUUAUGCGAGGAAACAGAAUAAACAGGGAGUUAACGGAAUUCACUGGUUCAAAUCGUAAUGCUGGCGCUUUUACCGGAUUGAACGAAAUUGAUUUAGACGAUGAAUCCGUAGUUCCGAUUGAUGAUGAAAUGCUUGACGAAGCUAUGCGUCAUGAGUCUAUGCUUAAUGAUGAGCCUGAGCUACGAAGAGCUGCAGAUAAUAGUCAACAGAACUCGGGAUUACUGCAGUUCGAUAGACUCAAUUCUCGUGCAAGCAGCAGCAUUGAUGGUGUUCCUGAUACUGAUCUAUUUGAUCGGGCUUCCUCGGCGGCGGAUACGCGUGUGAAUCACGAUGUAUCCUUGGAUUUAUCUGGUCAACUUGGAAGUAAUCGUAAUAGGCAAAGCUCUGUCAGAUUAGAUCGUGCAUCUAUCUCCUCUUCGGGUGGAAGAGACUUUAUUGGUGAUGAUUUCGGAUUAAUGCCGGAAUUCAACAUAUUCAAUAAUGAUAUGAUUGUUGACGACGAUGAAAGUUUUAGUAACGGAAUAAAUACUCAACAAGACAGAAGAGAUAGAUCGUCAGAUGUCGUGGAGAAAGAAUCCUUUAAUUUUAUGGAAUUUGUGAAAUCGUCGAUGGAACAAGUUGGCGUUUCUCGUGUGACGUUUCAAGAAAUAAUGAAUUCUCGACGAGCCAAGAAGUCAGAGGUGGCGAAAUCAUUUUAUCAUUUGUUAGUGUUGGCCACUAAAAGUAAAGUUCAAGUAAGCCAGACGCUACCUUACAGCGAUAUUGUAAUGGAGUUUACAUGA